AUGCCCAUGGCGGCUCCCAUUCAGACGUCCGACGCGCCGGGCCAUCGCCCUAAUAUGCGCCGCAAGUCCUCUGCUCAGAAUCUCCUCUCUUCUUUCAAGUCCACUCCUCAGGUCGGAUCCGUCUCUUCCGCUACUGGUCUCCAGUUUGUCCCCGUUCCCACCCCGCCCCCCAACGCAGCCAGCAUGGGUCGUGACUGGGAUGUGCAAUCCCAGCAGUCGGAAUCCGUCGCCCCAUCCACACUCUCCUCUGGCACCAAUGGUGCUCCCGCUGUUCAAGGAACCUCUGUCGAGAUAUUGCGCGAGCUCGUCAGAAAGCGCAUCAUCACAUUGACAUACUUGCGGAACGUGCACGAAGGGCGCAGUCAUUGGUUCCAUACCAUCAUGGUCACUCGAGGCGAGCUAGAGAGGGCGUUUCCAAAUACCGCCAUGAAAGCCCGAACAUACCGCUUAGCUAUGCUCGGGAUGGGUCUCGCUCAUCUAUUUGACAUCAAGGACCCUCAAGAUCUCUUACGCGGCUUCUCCAACGUACUUAACGAGUACGAUGCAAUGAAGGAUCCCCCCAAGGAAGACGGCGAUCGACUACGAAUGGCAUGUCCAUUUUAA